AUGCCUAGGUCUUUCCUUGUUAAAAAGAAACCUGGAGUGUGUGGAGCCUGGCAAUGGAAAGAACCAGAACAACAUGAGUGGAAACAAAAUAAUACAGUAGUGAGUGAAAAUACUAAGGAGCAGAUAUCCUGCAGUCCUGACACCCAACAGUCUGCCACUGUGCCUCAGCCAGUGUCAACCUUAAGAUAUGGGACAGCAGCAAGAAUGAGAGUGCCAGUGCCUGUGGCAGGUUCAGGAGGACGUGGGGCUGAUACCAGGCUGGACUGGUCCACACUGAUGCUCCAGGGCUCUUUCUAUCAUUCCAGUACACUGGCCCUGGUCAGUAGAGCAAAGCCCCAUCCCCGGACUUCCCCAGGCUCAGGCGAUUUUGUGUGCUCAGUGUGCCACAAGAUAUUCCCUCUGCAGCGCAUGUUGACCCGCCACCUCAAGUGCCACAGCCUGGUGAAAAGACAUCCUUGUCGAUUCUGUGGAAAAGGAUUUAACGAUACCUUCGACCUCAAAAGGCACAUGCGAACACACACUGGUAUCCGUCCCUACAAAUGUGAGCUGUGUGAGAAAGCCUUCACCCAGCGUUGCUCUCUGGAGUCCCAUAUGAGGAAGAUUCAUGGCAUUCACCAACAGUAUGCCUACCGCCAGCGACGGUCUAAGAUCUUUGUGUGUGAGGAUUGUGGUUACACCUCAAGCCGCCCUGAUGAGUAUUUCCUCCAUGUUAGACAGUGCCACCCUGGCAGUCCCGCCCUGCGCAGGUACUACCGCCGUCAGGCCCAUGAGAACAGCAGCUUUACAUCAGCUGACCGUAAACUCAAUCCCUAUUUGUUGUACUCAAACCCUGCAUACUACAUGUAGUGCUCAUUCUAAAUCUUAAAUGUAUCAUAAGCCAUUCAUAAAUAAAAAUGAAGUUAAUUAGUUUUAAUUGGGUUGUCAACUAUGUAGCACAUAUGUAUGUAUUCUUGAGCUUAUACCCUUUGUGCUCAUUCUAUAGUUUCUGUUUCCAGUUUUAUUAAUCAUAGUGUUAUG